AUGUCGGACAGAAGACAGUCCUCUCAAGUCUCUCGCAUUCUUGUCGGCCUUGUUCAACAUUCGUUGCAAUCCCCUCGCCUUCGAAUUCUAGGCUACUUGGUGGCCGCUCUGCUGCUCAUCAAUGUCCGUAGCUUCCCCCUCGUCUGGCAUGUCCGCGUUCUUCGUCAUAUGGUUUCAUGGAACCUUCGCAGGUUUUGCAGUCGUGACAAACUUCGCUUUGUGGAGAAGACGUCUCCUGUAGCUCAAGAUCCCUUCAAGACGGUGAUCACUCACAAAUAUUGGGCUGGUCCUGAUGAUUGUGAUUUCCUUGGUCAUCUCUCGAACUCGGCGUAUGCAAAGAACCUGGAUAUUGCCAGAAUGAAGGUUUGCAUCACCAAUCUGCGUCCGUUCAUGUUGGAAGGCGGAUGGAUGCCUCUCGCAGGUGCAGAUUACGCUUUCAUUUCUGAGAUACCUCUGUUUUCCCAUUACGAGGUACGCGCAAAGGUUGCAGGUUGGGACAAUAAAUGGAUCUAUCUGCACUCCGAGUUCAUCACAAGGCCAGGUUCCUCUCGCACUGCCAAGAAAGUCGAGUCAGCUACAGAGACCGCGGCUGAACUUACUCUUGAUAUUCCCAAACAUAAGCCUCGUAGAACUCGUGCAGACGGAACCGUCUUGCACUGCGUCGCCAUAUCACGCUAUUGUUUCAAACUCGGACGUUUGACAGUACCACCUGCUGUGGCUCUGGCCGCGUGUGGAUUUGGAGCUGACAGGUCCAACUGGACGCGGUCCGCCGCCAUGCAGGCCAAUGGGGAACUUCGGCGAUUCUUGGAAGGGGGCUGGAAAGAUAGCAAAGGCUGGGACAUGGCUGAAUUCGAGGAACAGCGUAUCUCAGGGCUGGAAUGGUGUCGUAAACUCACGGAUGGCAUCAACGCGGCAUCAUGGUGA